AUGUCGAUCGCCGUCUCCAUCCCAUUCCUCAUCGACGCCAAGCGGCAGUUUGUCGAGGAGGAGGGCAAGCUCAAUGUUCAGCUACUCGACAAGGUCGUCACCAUGAUGAACCAAGGCACCGGUGAUGAGCAGCGCCAGGCCAACUGCGUGCUCGUCGAGCUGAAAGAAAACCCGAAUUCGUGGACCAAGGUCGACGCCAUCCUCGAAUUCUCAUCUCUGGCCGAGACCAAGUACUUUGCCCUCCAGAUUCUGGAGUCCGUCAUCCAAACUCGCUGGAAAGCUCUCCCGAUGGUGCAACGCGACGGAAUCAAGAGCUUCAUCGUCCAAUUCAUCCUCAAGCUCAGCGAGACCAACGAAGCGGCACAGAAAAAUUCGCUGUUGCUGCACAAACUGAACCUCGUCCUCGUUCAGAUCGUCAAGCAGGACUGGCCCAAAAACUGGCCCUCAUUCAUCUCGGACAUUGUCGCGGCCAGCAAGUCGUCCGAUUCGAUCUGCAUCAACAAUAUGAACAUUUUGCGACUUCUGAGUGAAGAAGUGUUCGAUUUCGGCAGCCAAAGCCUCACCCAGGCUCGCGAGCAACACCUCAAGACCCAAUUCUGCGGCCAGUUCUCCGAAGUCUUCCAGCUUUGCCUGACGAUUUUGGAAAAAUGCCCGGCUCCAACGAUGGUUGAAGCCACGCUGAAUACGCUGCACCGCUUCCUGUCGUGGAUUCCGGUCGGCUACGUCUUCGAGACGAACAUCAUCGCCAUACUUUCGGAAAAUUUCCUGUCGCUCGAGAUGUUCCGCGUGGUCACCCUUCAAUGCCUCACCGAGAUCGCCCUGAUCAGCAUCAACACGAAUGACUACGACGACAAGCUGCGUCAAAUGUUCUGCGCAACGAUGAAGGAGAUUGGCCAGCUGAUACCGCCUGGCACUGAUAUUCCGGUGGCCUACAAAAACGGCUCGGACAGCGAUCAGAAGUUCAUCUCUUGCCUUGCGCAGUUCACCGUCGCCUUCCUCAAGGAACACGCCAAUCUGAUCGAACCCGUCGACAACGACAAUGCCAACUUGGCCGAUUUCCACACCUACUCGGUUGAGACGCUGCUCAGCAUCAGCAUGGUUGAAGAUGUCGAAGUUUUCAAGAUUUGCUUGGACUACUGGAACUGGAUCACCGCCGAGCUGUACCGUCUGGCCCCGUUCAGCGCCCCGCCGACGUACACAUCUUCACUGCGCGAACAUCCACGCCGACGCCUUUACAAGAAUCACCUAUCCACCCUGCGCUGCAUCAUGAUCUCGCGUAUGGCCAAGCCGGAAGAAGUGCUCGUCGUCGAAAACGAUCAGGGAGAGGUCAUCCGCGAGCUGGUCAAGGACACCGACUCGAUCACGCUGUACAAGAAUAUGCGCGAGACGCUCGUCUACCUGACCCAUCUCGACAACAAGGACACCGAGAUGAAGAUGACGGAGAAGCUGCAGACGCAGGUCUCCGGCAACGAAUUCUCCUGGAAAAACUUGAACACUCUCUGCUGGGCUGUCGGAUCGAUCUCCGGAACCAUGUCGGAAGACGAUGAGAAGCGGUUCCUCGUGCUCGUCAUACGCGAUCUCCUCGGGCUGUGCGAACAGAAGCGCGGCAAGGACAAUAAGGCCGUAAUUGCGUCGAACAUCAUGUACGUGGUCGGCCAGUAUCCCCGUUUCCUGCGCGCCCAUUGGAAGUUCUUGAAGACGGUCAUCAACAAGCUGUUCGAGUUCAUGCACGAGACGCACGAGGGUGUUCAAGAUAUGGCCUGCGACACGUUCAUAAAGAUCUCCAUCAAAUGCAAGCGUCACUUUGUUAUUUUGCAACUUGGCGAGCAGCAGCCAUUCGUCGAGGAUAUGCUGGACAAUCUGACGGGCAUCAUCUGCGACUUGUCACCACCGCAGGUCCACGUCUUCUACGAGGCCAUGGGCCAGAUCAUCUCGGCCCAAACCGACCAGGCGGUUCAGGAAAUGCUCAUCGAAAAGUUGAUGCGGUUGCCGAGCACCGUCUGGGACGAGGUCAUCCAACAUGGAUCUCAGAACGUCCAAGUAUUCCGGGAACAGGAUGUGCUCAAGAACGUGCUGAACAUCCUCAAGACGAACGUCGCCGCCUGCAAGUCGAUCGGCAUGCCCUUCGUCUCGCAUCUCAGCCGUAUCUACAGCGACACGCUCUCCGUGUACAAGAUCCUCUCGGAGAACGUCUCGGAGGCGGUCAGCAACUCGGGCGAGGAGGUUCUCAAGAAUCCGGUGAUCAAGCUGAUGCGAGCAGUCAAGCGAGAAAUCCUGAUCCUGCUCUCGACGUGGGUGGCGCAGGCUGACGAUCCGAAGGUUGUGGCCGACGAAUUCGUGCCCCUACUCUUUGACGCGGUCCUGUUUGACUACCAGAAGAACGUGGCAUCAGCUCGCGAGCCGAAAGUGCUUUCGCUGCUCAGCAUCAUCGUCUAUCAACUACAUGACCUCGUAUCGCAGCAUGUUGCACGUAUCUUGGGCGCCGUUUUCGAGUGCACGUUGGACAUGAUCAACAAGGAUCUGGAGGUGUUCCCCGAGCAUCGCACCAACUUCUUCGCCCUGCUCCUCUCCAUCACACAAGAAUGCUUCUCGGUAUUCCUGGAGAUGCCGCAAGAUCAGCUGCAAUACGUCAUCGAUGCCGUCGUCUGGGGCUUCCAGCACAGCAUGCGGAACGUUGCCGAGAUUGGGCUCGACAUCCUCAAGGAGAUGCUGCAACGUGUGGCGAAGAUAUCCGAGAAGUCUGACGAGAAAUCGCAGCCCUUCUACAAGAACUUCUACAUGCAGAUCCUUCAGCACGUGCUUGCAGUCGUCGCCGACAGCAGCCAGGUCCAAGUCGCCGGCAUCACCUACUACGCUGAGGUGCUGUGCGCGCUGUUCAGUGCUGCCGAAUUCUGCAUCAAGGUGCCGCUGAAUGAUGCGAACCCGCAGCAAUCCAACAUCGACUACAUCUACGAGCACAUCGGCUCCAUCUUCAUGCAACACUUCAGCAACCUGAACGAGCAGCAAAUUCGCGUGACUAUCAAGGGCUUCUUCUCGUUCAACACGGACAAGACGCUGAUGCGCAACCAUCUUCGCGACUUCCUCGUCCAGAUCAAGGAGUUCAACGGGGAGGACACGUCCGACCUGUUCCUCGAGGAGCGCGAACAGGAGAUUCAAGCCGUUCAGGCGAAGAAGCGUCAAGUGCCCGGCAUGGUCGACCCGAACGAGCUGAACGAUGAGGACGAGAUGAAG